AUGCGAACUCGAUCCGCCCCUCCUCCGAAGCAAUUGUCGUCUUCCGGCCAACAAUCCCAGCCUCAACCUGCGGAGACCACCAUGGAACCCAGCAAAACCCUCAUUCUCCCUUCUUCUGCCAGUCCGGACGCCAGAUUCGUCACGCUACCCAACCCACGGACAGGAGAUCCUACCCGCUACUUCUUCUGUCCGAAACUUGGAGUGUACGAGUUCACCGUUGUCGCGUCGCAAUUCCCACGGAGUAUCCUCUACACCAGUGAGGGUAAAGACCAGAAGUCGCAGGGAACGGUCUCCAAAACGGCAGAGCUUCUAGUCGCCACGCCAAUUGACAUUCUAUUCUUUGCGAUUCCCCUCCUCACUUCUUCUCGCUCGUCAGAUGAAGGGAAAAGACUGUUUCAGCCAUUGGAUGAUAUUAUCGACUCUCAAGAAUUACCAAAACAUCUAAGGUACAUUCUGUAUAAUGCUACCUAUAGAGAUACACUGCUCCGCCGCGUAGAGGCUGUAUGCGACUCCGUGGAGGCAGGCGACGAGAAGAUGUUCCGAGUGAACGAAACCAAGCUCUUCCAAGAAUUACUCGCAAAGGCGGAGCGAAUGAUUGCGCAGGGUCUGCCCAAAAGCUUAGAGGAACGGUUCGUCAAGCAGGCUUUAGCAGCGCCUUUGGUGGCUGUUACGAGGACCGACGUCGCCAAGUCAUCAACAACACCUAAAGAGGACGAGAACGAAGCUGAAUCCCAAGAAGGCAAGGACACGCAAUCUACGGCAACAACUACGGAUACAUCAGCCAGCUCAACCUCUGAUUCUGCGACACCCGCAAGCGAGACGACCCCAACGCCCGCCGAAGAAGAACUCCCAGAGCAACAAAACUGUCCGGAGCCAAUAGUCCGCCUUCAAAGACUCUCCACCGCUCUGACUUUCCUCAAAUCGUCUUACAUCAACUCAGGCCUCUGCAUCAAACUUGAUGAGCUGGUGUCAGCGCCGGAAACUCCUAUUGAUUUUAAACCACUAAAUGACCACCUAAAGCACUUGGCCGACCUUCGCGCCGAAGCACUGGCCUCCCGAUCCCUUGGGGACUUCAGCCGCAAGCGCAAUGCGGAGGAUGAUGAUGCUUCAGAGUCGCGCGCGGAAAAGAAACGCCGGUUAGAAGAGGAAGAGAAGAAAAAGAAGGCUGCCGAGUCGAGGGGCGUUAGGGAAUUGAAGAAGGUCAACACAAGCGGAAUGAAGAAGAUGAGCGACUUCUUUGGAAAAACCGCUGCUAAGAAAAAGACAUAA